ACCCUCAUUCCGAGAUUGGUAAAUCAGCACAUUCAGGACAUAAAUCAUUUCCAUUCCCGCGACGGACAGGAUCGGAUGCCGUUUCGGAGCACAACGGGUUAAGGGCUGACUCUGCAGGCAACAAUCCUGCCUCCACCAGCCUCUUCCCCUCGAUUCACUUUACUGCUCUUUAACUGGGGGGGAUCUGUUAUCAGCAAGUCUGGCGCCCGGGACCCUUUUGGAAUAUGAACCGAUAAUUCCUAACCGGAUAGGCCUACACAAAACGGAACCACAAACAUCACACAGGAGAAACUUUGAAGCGCGUGAGUGAACGCCUGUUUUAUCUGGAGCACAAUUCAAAACUAUCAACAGAAUCACGCGGUGAUGUCGAGGGGAGCACAGCGGCCGAUGGGAUCCCAAAGUUGGGACUUUUAUGUCAAGCAGUGAGAGAUCAGCAACUCAGAAAAUUUGUCAAGAUUCCUUACAAUUGGUCAAGAUUCCUUACAAUUGGUCAAGAUUCCUUACCAUUGAUCAAUGGUCUAACAUCACCAAACCCCUUUUAUCAUUAACUGAAGGGCACCCCAUCUUCAUCAUCCCACAUCCAAAGUCACAAUGACGACAUCAUCUUUACGCCGCCAGGUGAAGAACAUUGUGAACAACUACACAGAUGCAGAGAUCAAGGUCAGGGAGGCGACCUCCAAUGACUCAUGUGGUCCUCCAACCUCGCUCAUGAUGGAAAUAGCAGACCUAACCUUCAAUGUGUUGUCUUUAACCGAGGUCAUGGGAAUAAUCUGGAAGAGACUUAAUGAUCACGGCAAGAACUGGCGGCACGUGUAUAAGGCCCUCAAUCUACUAGAUUAUUUGAUUAAGACAGGAUCAGAGCAAGUGGCCAAGCAGUGCAAGGAGAACAUUUACAACAUCCAGACUCUGCGCGACUUCCAGUACAUUGACAGGGAUGGUAAGGACCAGGGCACGAACGUGCGGGAAAAGUCCAAGCAGCUGGUGUCUCUGCUCAGGGAUGAUGAGCGGAUCAAACAAGAGAGAUCCCUGGCGCAAAAGACCCGUGAACGUAUGGCGGGAACCAGCAGUGCAAUGGGCUAUGGAUCUUUACCACCCCCCUAUCCAGGACGCCGCAGCAGUCAGCCCAGCAUGGCAGCACUGUAUGGGGAAGAGUAUGGCAGAUCAAGGGGCUCACCAUCUUCGUUUAACUUUUCCUCUUCCUCCCCUCAUCUGGCCCCUGAUCUGGAGCGUGCCCGGCCGCAGACAAGCGGAGAGGAGGAUCUUCAGCUACAGCUGGCCCUGGCCAUGAGCCGAGAGGAGAGUGAGAAGCCUCCUCCUUCUGCUCUUGCUCCUGUUCCUGCUCCUGUUCUGGAUAUUGAUGAACAGACACAGCUCCGGAUUGCAAUGAAUCUCAGUAAGGAGUUGGCACAGAAGCCAGUGCCCCCUCCUGCUGCUGCCUUGGACAUGGAUGAAGAUGCACAGCUCCAACUGGCCCUGAAUCUCAGUAAAGAGGAACAUCAGCAGGAGGAACGGAGUCGCCAGGGAGAUGAGUCGCUGCUUCAGAAAGCUCUUGAGGAGAGCAAACGAGAGAUGGAGGCCAAAGGAGGAGGAUCUGCCAGUUUAGAUCUUGUUGAGAUUUUUGCUCCAGCUCCAGAUCUGCCCUCUAGUGUCCAUCCUUGGGAUUCAUCCGGAGGUCAUAGUGCCAUAGCCCAGGGUGGUCAUCUGAGGUCUGACCCCUGGGAUAGUCUGGCAGAGCCUGGCUCUUCAAGUCAGAGAUCUGAUAGCUCAUGGAUGGCACCACCUGCAGCAAGUAUUCGUUCCCAGCCUUGGUCACAGCGACUGCCGGCUCCUGACCCAUGGGAAGCCCCUCACAACACCCCAAGUCAUGUUUCCAUGAAUCAGUCCUGGAUGUCCCCUGCUCAUACAGUAAACAGACAAGGAUCUAUUGGCCCUCUCAAAACUCCAUCCCCUCGGGCAGGAAGUCCCUCAGAUGAUGAUCUUUUUGAUGAGGCUAUGGAUGGAGGUCAGGCAAAUGUGAAUGACCAUGUUAGUCCAGGGAUUUUCGAUAUGUCUUCCUUUGGCAAUAAUCUACCAAAGUCAGCUCCUCGAACCUACAGCAACCCAGAGGCAUUCCUAGGCCCCACUGCUGCGUCACUUGUCAACCUGGUUUCUCUAAUACCUUCCAACCCUCCUGCUAAGAACUUCAACCCAUUUCUAUCAGGAGAGACUGCUCCCUCAGCGGCUAAUCCAUUCCAGCAUGAACAACCACGUCUCACUCUUAAUCAGAUGCGUCCCAGUUCCACAUCGCCUGUACCCACAUCCCUCCCAUUCAGUGGCACUCAGUCCAUGCUCACCAGCAACCAGCCCUCCUCCUUGCCUAAUACCUUCACACAGUCUGCGCAGGCCCAGCUGGAGAUCCAUAGGGACCUACCCCAACCGCUGCUCCCUCUGUCAACCACAUCCACGUUUGGAGAUCCAGACCAACACAAUCAGAAUCCAUUUCUAUAAAAGACAGCCCGACCAGACCUCAACAAGGCCUGGCACUAUUUACUGGCCUCAAGAUUUUAACCACCAACUUGACUCAACUGGAACUUUUUUAAAUGGCUUGGCUCUUUUCACAACCUCCUGGUUUUGCUCUUUGCAGGCACUCUUAAGGGGCGUUCACACAUACAGUGAUUUGCAGAAAUAGAACAGUUUUCAAACUGGUUUCCCUAACACUCCCCUUGUUUUCCAUUAGUCAACUUUUAGCAGCAAGAAAACUAAUUCCAUGUAAAAUUAGAAUAAGAUAAAAAGUUUUGCUGGCUACCCACCUUUUUCCUGAACGCAGAAGUGUUCCACAAUUCAUAAUGGAAGCCUGUUUUCGUUUUCCAGUCUCUAGUGUUUUCACUUGCAUCAGCAUAUGUUUUUUAGUGGAUAAUGUAAUGUUUAGCAUAUUAAAUGUGCUAAUAGUGCCUAUACUUAACAGAGUAGCAAUGAACAUCUUUUGAUAGUGCCACACCAGAGUGGGUAUAUGAUAUGAAGUGAUACCAGAGCCACAAACAGUACAGGCAAUCAGAAUCAUCAUGGCACAGUCCAGUGGUUGGUCAGGAAAACUGUGGAUACAUCCUAUUUGUGAUCAGAUUUUAAAAAGCUAUGACAGUUGUGCAGCCCACCAAUAAUAUUAGGGCAUCCAGCAGCAGGAACAUCCACUAGGAUCAUCAAAACAGCCUCUCUGUGACCUCCAACAUUAUAAACGCUCUAUGUGUGAACACCCCUUCCACUGUAAUCGCUGCAUGUGUGAAUGUCCAUUAUGCAUUACAUGGCAAUACAGAUUUAUGCAAGCUUUAUAAGAAACUACAAAUAAAUGGCAGAAUUUAAAGGUUGAGAUUUAAAUGUUUAAUCUUCAACUUUAAACACACCUCAUACUUACAGUAUUGUGUGAUUUUUCUUAUUUUUUUUACUUGUUACUCAUACCAUAAAACCCAAUCCAAAACCAAGCACAAGUCCAAAGCCUCUCAUGCAUUUGGGGGAUUGCACUAAUUUUUUAAAAUAUUUUUUUUUGCGAUAAACAUGUUUUAUUGAUUCAUACAUUAAACAAAGAAAAGCAAAACAUAUAUACACAGAAUCAACAUUUUACCCCCACUUUUACCCCUCCCAAUCAACAACCCCAGCCUGACCCUCAACAAACAUUCCUGUGGCCACAUAUGAGUACAGUAUAUACACACACAAAAAUAAAUAAAUACAGAAAUAUAAUAAAUCACACACAUUAACAACUAUACCUCUCUCUCCACUGCCACUCCCCGAGAGCCCUGCAAGAAUGCAGAUUGUCCUAUUGUUGAUUUCUUGCAUCAGUUUCUAGCUCUGCUUUAGUGUCCCUUUCUUAGCCUGGAGUAUCUGAUGACUUCUUGCAAUGCUCUCCUUUAAUUUACUUGAGAUGACUGAUAUCUACGACAUGAAAUCAAUGGGAUAAGGACUGUCAUUCUGGACAUGGAUUCUUGUACCAGUAUGUCAGAUAAAAGGGACUAAGAAUUUGGGGCCAAUCAUUUAAGAAGCCAACUCUAAAGUAUCAUGAUCUAAUGUGAUUGGGCAUUGACUGUUGAAUGAAUAUACUUCCAGCAAGAGAUGUACUUACUGUGUGCGGCAGUGAGAAUGAAUCAGUGCUACAUACUAAGAGAAUGUAAGAAUGAGAGACUGUUGCACAUGAUGUUGCUCAGCAAAUACAAGGAUGAAUUUAAUAUGACAUGUCUGCGUUUGCCUUAUGUUUAUUAGGUGCAUA